AAAGGUCACAAGCGUGGAAUGUCUGUGAAGAAGACUAAAAGAAAAAGAGAUUAUACGAGUAUGAAGGCAAUAGGAGUGAAAAGUAUAGAUGAAACAUUCAAGGUUGCUAUACAGCCUCUGAGGGAUGGAACAGAUCUUAGAGACAAUUUCAGACGGUACCCCAAACUCGAAGCAGAUGGGAAUCUACCAGAAAUCCUUAAGAAGGCAUUACUGGCAUUUGACACUAUGGUGAAUGAAUGUAGAGCUUUGAUAGAACAUGCUGGCCAUGUCUAUGAAAGGUUACUACAAAGCCAGAGAGCAGGUCUUGAAUGGCAUGAGGAAUUAGAGAGUACAAGCCUACAAGCUGGUCUUAAAGGCAAAAAAUUAACAAAGGCAAUAGAGAAUUUUGCGUGGAAUAUACGUGUUUUACAGGGACAAGCAGAUCUGUUACUACAAGCCAAAAAGGAGUGUCAGGAAUAUAUAAGACAGAUCUCUGAAGCUGCAGUGACUCUGGGCCUAGCAAAGAAUGCCAAUACAAUAUGCAAUAAUAACCUCACGAAUUGAUCUUUAUGCCUCAAAUUAAAAGAGAUUAUCGAAGCUACCAUGACAUAAGAUGAAGUGCCAUUGAUGUUGAAUCAUUGUACAGCAACAUUCAUAUAUCAUCAAAGUGUCCUGUCAUUUGUCGUAUAAUAUAUUCUAGGAUAACGAUUACUCAUAUAGAUGUCAACAUGUUCAUGAUAUAUUGUGUAACAAAUAUUGUUAUAGAAUUAAGUAGAGUUGUCGUGCUUAAAUACUGGCUCGCAUGAAAUUUAACAAAACCAUUGUAUUCUUAUACAUGUAUGAACCAAAUCCACAUUUGUUCAUUAUAAUCAUAGACGAAAUAGAAAGAAUCAAGAGUUUUAACAUAUGAUCAUAGAAGAAAUGAAUGGAAAAUGAUCAUAGAUUACCAAAAUUUCAUAUGGUCCUUUGGUAAAAUCUUUUAAAUGAAUAAGGUUAAUGUCUGUUUAUAUAUUUUUCUGGAUAAAAGUGACAGAAUGUACAUGUUCAACAGAUAUAUACCUUAAAAAACGCAAUAGGUUAAAUGUGUUCACAGAUUUUAGAGAAAUCAUACUGGUUUUUGUUAUGAAUAUGUACAAAAUUCAUCUAAGGGAAGAAAUCCUUGGGUAAAACUAAAUCCUAUGGUAGUCGCAUUUGUUGUCCUUACAAGAAAUUUUUUUUAUUUACAAAAAGAUUCUCUGAUUGUCAGUGCGAGCAUCUUGAAACUUUCUCAAUGUUUACAAUAUUCUUUUGACAUUAAUUUUAGGAUUUUGUUUUAUUUAACUAAACACCCCAACACCCCCUUACCCCUACUAACCAUAAACUAAUAACCAUUUUCUGUAUAAGAUGAAACUAAAUACAGUAACUGUAUAUGAAUCUUGUAAACUUAUAACAGUUUCUGUACUUUAUGAAUUUCAUAAAACCAUAAAGCAAGAUUAUUUACCAUAUACAGUUGUCAUAAAACCAUAAACAUUUAACUUUUACUGUACUAGAUAUAUAAAUUUAUGAUGAAUUCAUAUACCAAAUUCAUUUGUUGUUAUUGUCAUAAAACCAUAAACCUAUAACAUUUUCUGUACUAGAUGAAUGUCAUAAAACCAUAAACGAAAACAUUCACUGUGUAUAUAUAGAUUGUAUAUGAUUUGUCAUUAAACCAUUAACAUAAAUCAUUUAAUGUAUACAAUUGUCAUAAAACCAUAAACCAGGUUCAUUUAUUGUACAUAUAUAAAUGUUUUAAAACCAUAAACAAUUAGCAAUUUUUAUGUAGGUUCAUUUUAAAAAACCAGUUGUCAUUUUUAACUAGGAAUAUGUUAUUAUAUAUAAAUAUAGAUCGUAAAAUUAUACAUGUUGUUAAAUUUAUGAAAUAUUGUACAUAAUAAAGUUAUGUUUGAUAAGUAUUGUCUGUUAAUAUUUUGUGCAAUUAAUUAGUGAUAUAAACUUAUAAAUAAAUGCAUCUCUUGUUUAGUAGGGCAAUGAAAUAAAGCUUCAUGUAUAUCUUCUUGUAUACCUUUUUGUACCUAUUGUAAUAUUUUGGUAAAGAUCUUUGAAGUUUCCUUGACGUGUUCUCACAUGAAAAAAAACUCAUUUAUAUAUUUGUUAAUAUAGGGAUAUAAUAAGAUGAAGUGAUUUCUUUCAAUAAUACAUCAGCAUUGUUUUGAGGUGGUGUAUGGAGACAAUAAAAAGUCUCCCGCCCUCUCCCCCACACCCCAUACACAAUAAAAUUAGUCAAAGAUGUUAUAUUUUUGAUUUUGAAGAUUACUCAGCACAACAUUGUGUUUAUGAUACUUUUAUUUGUUUCACUAAUUAUUUAUAAACACCUGCAAGUAAUGAAUGUUGUCUGUUUGAUUUUGUAGUCAUUAUUAUUGUGAAACCUUACUAUAAAGGCCACCUCCUUGUGAUAAAUAAGAGAUGUUUGUAGAAAGGAGGACUUUAUACACAGGUAUCAAAUUUUAUCUUACAGAUACUUUUUAUAAGUUAACCAUGUUUUGUUUUAUUUUGUAGUCUUACAUAUUAUGAAACAUAUUAAAGCUGCAUGCCUCCAGGUAGCCAAAUUUUUUUAAAGAAAAUCAAACUUGAGAAAAAUGUACUUAAAUAUUUACAAAAGUAAAGAUAUUCAAGAUUCAAGUAAUAAUUUACAUGUUUUGUGCGAUGAAAGACUGAUUUUGCAGUAUUUAUCACCAUAUUUCUACAGUGUGACUAUCACAAAAACGGCAUUUUUUUUGCAUAUUUUGACAACAUUUUGGUAAUUUAAAUUGUAAGUUCCAUUUGCAAUGUGUAAAUUUUAUUUUUGUUCACUUUACAAUGUUUUACUUUUAAAUACAUUUUCAAGAAAAUUGGCAUGAAUCUGGAGGCCUGCUGCUUUAAAAUAGAUCACCUGUUAUUGAUUUAUUAGCAAAUUUUUGUUUGCAGGAGGGUUUAUCUAAUUGUGAAAUCUCUAAUAACUAGUAAUAUAAGAAGUUGUCUGGAAUAUUACAUUGGUUAUAAAUUAAGAGGUGCUUUUUACCAGUACAGUUCCUGUGAAAUGAACAUUACUGUUUGGUUCUGAUAUCAAUUAUUGUACCAUAUUAUGUCCCUAUUUUUAUUUAACCUUAAAGGAACUCCACUGAGGUCCAAAAUCCUAGAAACAUUUUACAUAGAUCAGCUGGGAUGCAUAGAACGGAAAGAUUUGCAAAAGAUAAUAAAGAAAUAUUCUGAUAAAUAAAUUGAAAAUCAUAUUUUUGUGCUAUUCUUAGGACAAUUUCGGUGAAAAAGCGUUAAAUUUUGGGUCAUUUUUCACAAUUAGAAUAAUUAUUCGGGAAAAAAGAAGUGAGCGAAUGAUCUGAAAUUUUGCACACAUUUUGGUCUCAAAUAAAAUAUUACCUUAAGAAAUUUUUUUCUGAGCUGUCAUGUAAACAACCUCAGUGGAGUCCCUUUAAUAACAUGCCCUAUCUCAAUUUUCUAAAACAAGGAUGACUUGAGCUCAAUUGAAAAACCAAAUGCAUUACUUAUAUUGUUUAUAAUUUUAUUUACUUUUUAAUAAUACAUAUAUCUAUAUACCAAUUAGUCAUAUUGUAACAAUUUAUUUUAGCCAUUUUUUUGUAUUUUUUUUUACUUCAGCAUUUGUAACCAAUUUAAAAAUGAAGAAAAAAAAGCUAACAAUAAAAGCUAAGACAUGUGUAUUUUCAUUAUUUAUAAUUUUGACAAAUAAUGGUAAAAAUUUGCAUUUUUUUCCACUUCCACUUCAAUUGUAAGUAUUAGCGCUAGAAUGUUACAAAUUUGUAUACUAAUUUAUUUUUAUUUUUUAUGAUAAUGUCUCAAAACAGGUGCCAAUUCUUUUGUAACUAGAUGUGAUUUCAGUUUUAGUUAUUCAAAGAUAUAUGUUGGUAUAUAUUAAUAAGAAAUUUAUUUAACAAAACCCCUGAAUAAAGGCAUUAAUUAUUUGAGACCCUGAUAUAUGAAAUCUGGUAAAAUACACAGUAACUUUCCUAGGUACAGAAUGUACAGUAUAUUUGCCAUGGCCUGACAACAUUGUUUUGAGAUAUACCAAAUAUUUGCCAUGGCCUGACAACAUUGUUAUGGGAUAUACAGUGUAUUUGCCAUGGCCUGACAACAUUGUUAUGGGAUAUACAGUGUAUUUGCCAUGGCCUGACAACAUUGUUAUGGGAUAUACAGUGUAUUUGUCAUGGCCUGACAACAUUGUUAUGGGAUAUACAGUGUAUUUGCCAUGGCCUGACAACAUUGUUAUGGGAUAUACAGUGUAUUUGCCAUGGCCUGACAAUAUUGUUAUGG